GUAUGAGAUGAGAUAUCCAAGCAUUCCUGGGAGCAUUCCCGGGACACCCAGCAGGGCUCGGAGCUCCCGCAGCAGCAGUGCGGGCUCAGCGCUUCUCCCAAGGCACUGCAAGCUGUGUGUGUGUGCCAGGGAAGGCGGGACACAGCCCCCGUGCCCUGGCAGUCCGGAGCGAGGGGUUCAAGAGCCGGGGGGCUCCCCUGAGCCGCCCCGCUGUUUGGGCAGCCCGGCUCCCUUCGGCUGCCCGUGUCCCGCUUUCUCAUGACCUCCCCUGCCUCCUCCUCCUCCUUAUGUAUUCAUGAAGCUGGGGUGAAAUAGCAGCCGGGCGGCAGCACAGGAAGAGGAACUCGGCGUGCCUGGCUCGCAGGGCCGGCCCGGAGCCUCCCGCAUCUUCCCCGCCUGGGACAGCGCUGGCCCGCGGCUCCAGGACCGCGCCCGCCGGGGGACAGCGAGCAGUGAGCGAGUCAGUCCCAGCACGGUGCAGCUCCAAGAUGAAACCUCCACCUGGGCGAGGCCUAAGGCUGGCAUACCUCCUCCUCAGCCUGGCUUCCCUCUGCCUUGCCAGCCCGCUCUGGAAGGACCGCGACUCCCUGAUGCAGGAGGAGAAAGCCCAGCAGACAGGGGGCAACUUGGUGCUGAGCAGGCAGGAGCAGGAGCUCAGCACAAAGCUGGUAAAUCUCAAGAAGAAGGAAGUGGAAGCAGCCAUCAGGACAGGACAGUUUCCUCCAAGCAUGCACUUCUUCAGGGCAAAAAGCCUCAUUGAUCAGAGCGCGGUGUUCAGCGUCUUAAAGCGCAUGCCAAAAGGUGCCGUUCUCCACCUGCACGACCUGGCCAUGGUGAGCGCGGGCUGGCUGGUGUACAAUGCCUCCUACCUGCCCCACUGCCACAUCUGCUUCACCCCCGCGGGCUCCGUGCGCUUCCGCUUCUCCCGGGGCCCCCCUGCCCGCCUGCCCACACCCUGCUCCCGCUGGCUCCUGCUGGAGACCUACCGGGGACAGCUCCGCGACGUGGGCGCCUUCGACAGAGGCUUGCUGAGAAACCUGACCCUGGUGACAGAUGCCCCCGAGCUGGCCUACCCCUCUCAGGCUUCCAUUUGGAAAAGAUUUGAAGAAAUCUUUCUCAUUGCCUCUGGACUUAUCUGCUAUGCACCUGUGUUCAAGGCCUAUUUCUACCAGGGGCUGCUGGAGCUCUAUGAAGAUAACAUACAGUAUGUGGAGAUAAGAGCUAUCCUGCCUGCGGUGUACGAGCUGGAUGGCACCCGGCACGAUAAAUCCUGGUCUGUGGCCGCCUACCAGGAGGUGACCAGGCAGUUUGUGAGGGAGCACCCAGACUUCGUGGGAGCCAGGGUUAUAUUUGCAGCGCACAGGAUGCUGAAUGCUUCCCAGAUUAAAGAAGCCAUCCUCACUGCCAUGGCACUCAGAGCCAGCUUCCCAGACACCCUGGCAGGCUUCGACCUGGUUGGUGAUGAGGACGAAGGUCAUUCUUUAUGGGACCUGAAGGAUGCCCUGGCCAUCCCAUAUUCCAUGGGGGUCAACCUGCCAUACUUCUUCCAUGCUGGGGAGACUGACUGGCAGGGCACCUCUGUGGACAAUAACGUGCUGGAUGCAUUGCUACUGAACACCAGCAGGAUUGGCCAUGGACUUGCUCUCAUUAAACACCCAGCAGCCAAAAAUUUGUCUCUGAAGAGGGAUAUUCCUGUAGAAGUCUGUCCCAUCUCCAACCAGGUCCUGCUGCUGGUGGCUGACCUGAGGAGUCACCCUGCAGCUGAGCUCAUGGCUGAGGGGCACCCCGUUGUGGUCAGCCCCGAUGAUCCCCCCGUCUUCGGGGCAAAGGGAGUCUCCUAUGACUUCUACGAGGUGUUCAUGGCCAUUGGAGGGAUGAAUGCUGACCUGAGGACCCUGAAACAACUGGCACUCAACUCCAUAAAAUACAGUGCCAUGCCCCCAGACCAGAAAGCCAAGGCCAAAGAGGUCUGGCAGAAAAAAUGGGACCAAUUUGUGGCUGACCUGUCAGACAGCUUUCCAGGGGAGCUGUAGGGAGGACAGGGCUCGUCUCAGAAGGCAUUUGCCAGACUGAUUGCUGAGAGGGAGACUGCCUCUUCCAUGUGACCUGAGCACAUGAGUGGAUGUCAAAGUCUCACCUGGCAGUGGGCGACUCUGCUAAGCCAGGCUUAAUGGGCUUAAAGCUAAGAAGGAGCUGCACCAUCCUGUGAAACUGAUGGACUGGAGAUAAAAGGGAGCCUUUAGAGCAACCACAAGAAAUCGUCCUGCUCAGAAGAGUCAAAACCAUUAAAAAUCGCCAAUCACCAAAUCCUGACAUCCUCACUCAGAAAAACACAAUUGGAGUCAGCAGGAGAGUGCCAACACGAGGAUCUCUGAAUUUGGGCUCAUCAUUACAAAAUGCAGACCUUGUCCGGAAACAGCUGAGACAAACACCCAACCAUGUGGGCCACUGACCUUCAAGAGAGCAAGGACUGAAAAUGACUCUUGUUAUGUUUAACCCUGGGCCUGCUGCCAAAAUAGCACUGCUAGGUCGAGGAACCAGUCAUAGGUCUGGUGUCUGCUAUUUCAGGACCUACCACGGCUGGAAACAAGCUGAUGGAACUUGCUCCCAGAACAUUAAAGCCUGGUUGCACAGUGAUCAUAAAGCCAGAAGAGAGGUACCUCAGUUGCCAGCAGUUGUUUUUUUUUUACUACAAAGUCUUUUCCUGUCCUCUGGUCAAAAGGAAAACAAAACACAUUUCAGGUUAAGUCAAAAACAUCCUGGCUGCCCAGACCCAGCUUGAUUAAAAGCAUCCCCCUGCACAAGGCCGUGUUAACACAGACAUUUAUAGGAAAUACCUUUUGGUUUCAGGGAGUUCCACUACCAGCCUUUGUUUGCACAUAGUGCAAAUGUGGCUUUAUUCAGCCUGUCAGAGAGAUUUUCACCUUGGUAGAGAACUGCUGUGGAUAUCCACAGGGCUCACUUGGACCUCUGUGGUUUCCAGCUCCUUGGCAGAAAAAAAGCCAAAAAACCUACACAAGAAAUGGCCUCUUGACAAGCUGAUUCCCUAACAUCAUCAAAAAUAUCAGGAGAACUAACGGCAGGGAGACUAAAAAAAAAAGAAAAAAGAAAUCUUAAUCAGAUGGCUAAACAAAUUCAGAAAAAUCUUUCAGCACACAUAUACCAAGCAUACAUCCAGGAUCAAAGAGCAUCUUUCCCUGACUUCAGUACAACCAUGCUGGUUUGUGUCAGUCGAGGGAGAAUUGAGAAUUGACAAAAGUUCUUACUGAAAGACGUCUCCCUGCUCACAACCACAGGCUUGCAGAGGCUGCUGUUUCCCAAUCUGAGCAGCCUGGGCUGUCCUCAUGCUUUCUGUUAAUUGCCUCAAGCUGCCUGGCCAUAGUGUUUAUUUCCACUGACCUUGGCUGGAACACCUCAGCAAGAGGCAAACACACUUAUUACAGCAGUGGAUCAAACUGCACAGCCUGUGUGCCCUGUGUUGAAUUGCCCACAGCUCCCAGGCUGCAAGUUCCUCUCUGGUUAUCCCAGAGAAAAUAAAACCCCAGCAAACCAAACACGCUGCAAACCCCCUCACAGAGCACAAACAGAACCACAACAAGCCGCAGGUGUGUGCAUUGCACAAACCACAGAAAUGAAAAAGUGAGAACCCACUCACACCCCUGGCUAGCUGGGGGGGUUGAAGUGCCUCACACCACCAGCCCUUUUCAGCCACAGCUACCUCUGCUCCAGCUCUCUCUGCCCACACCCCCAACAUCUUCCCUGGUGCCCUUUUUGCAGACUGACCUCUCCUUGCUGCAGGUUUGGUCCUGGCAAGGAGUUUUAUACUGGAGGAGUAGCCAGAGCAGAGCCGCCCUCCCUCCUGCUCUGGGUGUUGCACACAGAGCUCAGACUGAGCCAGGGUAGGCUUUGGCCAUGGCCAGGUUAUAAAUGCUGACUUGGGAAGUGCCUUACUUGUAAUGCUGCUGAGGAGAACCACUGCAAACCAGCAGAGUGGCUGCUGGCCAGCAACCCAAAGCCCUGUCCCUCUCAGCAACACCAUCUUUCAGCUUUGCUAUAUGUGGAUGGAUGAAGAUCUUUAUUUGCCAUGAGUUGAUUCUCCCUUAAAUAAGCCUCUUUGCUGCCAAGGUGAAGCUAAUCAUUACAGAGCCUUUGUGGGAGGGGCUGAGCUCUCAACACACAGGCUCAGCCAUGCCCCUUCCCUUUCUACCACCCCUGAAAGCUUUCAGCUCUUCCUGCACGCUGGCUCUGGAGGUCCUGGACCACUUUUUGGUUACCUGUAGUCCUCCUUUCUCCUCAUUACCUGCAGCAGUUGCAGGGCUAGAUCUUCCAUUUGCCAAGGGCUUGCUGGAACCAGUUCUCCUGCUGUGUGCAGUUUGUUUUUCUUUCCUAGGACAGGCGUGCUGUGCACACACAGCCAUUUACCUGCUCCACAGCUGAGCUGGGAUGGGGAAGUGCCUGGAGCCAGCACUGUGAGAUGCUGGUCAGGAUUACAGCAGAAUCAGCUUUCUGCAGAAACCCAGGGGGUUAAACUGGCACAGGUCUGAUGCAGCCCUCCAAAAGGUGAGGGUGACAGAGGGAGGGCCAGCCUGCCCUGCUGCUGGGAUCUGCCCUCCUUAGAGCACGCCUCAGUUGGGGGAAAGGUGCACAUUGAGAAGCCCAGGCUGCAUCCCCGCCUCCCUAACUCCAGGUGUGCAAAAAAAGGAGGAAUUUAGGUUGGACCACAGCAGUUAUAAAAGAUCAAUCCAUUCAGUUCCAAAGCUUGGGGUAAAUUUGGCUGCAGGGCUUCACUGAGACUUGGCUUUUAGCAGCAAUAUUCCAAGGGUUUUGCUGCCAGUCCAUUCCCUUUUCCCCAGUACCUUGGCUCCCUGCUCACAUUUGUUGGCAAAUACAUCACAUAUCAUGCUCUCUUGCUUGUCUCUUUCAGAACACAGGCUAUAAUUAAAUUUUUAAACCUGUCUUAGAGUGG